GCUAACCAAUCCGCCAUGGAUCACGUGAAACUGGUGAACGACCCCAUAGAUAUUGCCCAUAUCCAUCAGUUGCUGGCCGAUGAAGGCUGUGGAGCCUCAUCUGUUUUCGUGGGCACUACCCGCGAUAAUUUUCAAGGAAAAAAGGUGCUGUCAUUGGCGUACGAGGCCUACGAUAGCAUGGCACUCAAGGAAAUGAAUAAAAUCUGCUCAGAUCUCCGAUCUAAGUGGCACGAUCUAAAGCACAUAGUCAUAUAUCAUCGAUUGGGAACAGUGCCCGUAUGCGAAGCCAGUGUAGUUAUAGCCGCCUCGUCACCACAUCGUUCUGAGGCCUUAGAAUCAGUAUCUUUUGCAAUAGACCAGCUAAAAACUCGGGUUCCCAUCUGGAAAAAGGAAAUUUACGAGGGCGAUAACAACGGCGAAUGGAAGGAGAACAAGGAGUCCAUCAGGCCUAAGAAAUCGAAAAGUGGCUUCAACUACGCAGCUUGUCCCUGCAAAGUGGAGGAGUCACAUGACGUCCCGCGAACUCUGGUGCAAAUUAGAGUUAAUGACGCUGAGUUAACCAAGCGUUUAGAAUGUUUUGUCAACAGAAAACGGGACGAAAUAAACUCACAAAAUGUAGUUGACUUCAAAUCGUCUUUUGUCAGCUCAGACAAAGACUUGAGCGAUUCCUGCGCUCGAACGCAGAGCACAAUUAUCAAGCAGGAGCAGUCAAAUUGCCAUUUAAAAGUUCGACGAGUAAACAAUCGCUGCGGACCUCAACAAAUGGAAAUGCGACCCAACUACGAACUCGAACUGAAUAAACUAAUGGGAUCGCGUGACGGGCAAACGGAUCCAACCAAAGAAAUGAGGAAAUCGCUACCCAAUUCACGACUACAGGCAAUUGAAUCGUACAUGGGCCUAACCACCGACAACGAGGAAAACAUUUUCAGUAGAAUCAAAAGAGUGGAAAAUAGACUGCUGCAACUGGAGUCCAUUUCGCCCGAGUACAAACACUUCACCAAACGUGAACCGUCUUCUAUGGAAGCCGCGCCGCCGAAGAAGAUCAGAAAGAAAUCGUAUUCGGUGCAAGAAUUAAGUGCGUUCAUUCAAAAGAUUAAGAAUGUCAGCGAAUUUAUCUAAUAAAAACCUAAUUAAUUAUUA